GGCGACAAUACUGCCCCGGCUUCCUCCUCCGGUGGGGUGUGUGCCACUAGCGUGCGUGUCUCCGGGGCGCCGCCAUGCCGAAAGUCAAGGCGGAGAAGCGGUGCCGGCCGCAGCGCCGCGAGGGCCAGGGCCCAGGUAUCAUGUUCAAUACUGGAAUUGGCCAGCACAUCCUGAAAAAUCCCCUCAUUGUUAACAACAUUAUAGAGAAGGCAGCCUUACGGCCCACAGAUGUUGUCCUUGAAGUAGGACCUGGAACUGGUAACCUGACAGUAAAAAUGCUAGAGAAAGUUAAAAAGGUAAUUGCUUGUGAACUUGACACACGACUUGUGGGUGAACUUCAGAAGAGAGUCCAGGGCACAUGCCUAGCAAAUAAACUAGAAAUAAAGGUUGGAGAUGUGUUGAAAACUGACUUACCAUUCUUUGAUACGUGUGUGGCUAACUUGCCUUAUCAGAUCUCUUCACCUUUUGUUUUCAAGCUGUUGCUACAUAGACCUUUUUUCAGGUGUGCAAUACUUAUGUUUCAGAGAGAAUUUGCUCUUCGUUUGGUUGCAAAACCAGGAAAUAAACUAUACUGCAGACUUUCAAUUAACACUCAGUUAUUAGCCCGUGUGGAUCAUCUAAUGAAAGUUGGAAGGAAUAAUUUCAAGCCUCCACCCAAAGUUGAAUCCAGUGUUGUCAGAAUAGAGCCAAAGAACCCUCCACCACCUAUUAAUUUUCAGGAAUGGGACGGUCUAGUAAGGAUAGCCUUUGUCAGGAAAAACAAGACACUUUCUGCAGCAUUUAAAUCAAGUGCGGUGCAGCAGCUGCUGGAUCAGAAUUAUCGAAUUCACUGUUCUAUACAUAACAUUGAAAUACCAGAAGACUUCAAAAUUGCAGAGAAAAUACAGAUGGUUCUAAAAAAUACAGGUUUCUCUGAAAAACGGGCUCGCUCAAUGGAUAUAGAUGACUUCAUUAGAGGAACUUCCCAACAUUAUGGUUUCAAAGAAACCCAAUAUAUCCAAAACCAAUUCACCCUCCUUACUCUCACUGGAGUGAGCAAUCAUGCUGUGAGCAGUGGCUCUAGAUUAGAUACAGUUUGAAGAGACAAUCAGGGGCACUGAGAAGAAUCUGCAUUCUGAUGUGAUUGAAAGAGAGGUUGAAAACAAGCUGCAGAGAUGAAGGCUUCUGAGCUGAGGACAUAUUGGUAAGCAAGAGCUGUUCAUAACUGGACCCAGAGCUAAACUCUGGUGGGAAGACUUAGAAGGGUGACAAUGUAAGAGAAGCAGUCUCCCCAGCCUCUGUUACGCAGCUGGGAAAUAAAGCAACAGUUGAGAGUUAACUGGCAGACUAUUUAUUUCUCUCUGCCUUAUUUUCCCUUUUCCUGCAAUUCCAUUGAGACUGUUUCCUUCCUUUGUUGUUUUGGAUGGACUAGGACAGAGAGAUAGACAAAGAGAAAAAAGCUGGAAGACUGAGCCUGGGUUCCAUACUUCCAGGAUCCAGGGGAGCAAAGUGAAGAAUUUUUCCUCUAUACUAGUACAGACAGAUUAUUUGCUUCCUUGAUCCGGUGUAAUGGAGCUAUAGUGUUCUCUGUAUUGAAUAUGGGUUGUAGGACGGAGGAAGAGAAAAUUCAUAACAAUGUUCAGUUAUAGCUCAUUAUUGUUAGUUAGUCCCUUUGAUGUAUAAGAACCCACAGCUAGUAAUGCACACAUAAAUAGGGGUCUAUUUAAAUCACGGAGAAAUCACACAUUUUUCACGGGUUGGUCAUGGCAUACAUAGCAAGUUUCACAGAUGUGUAACACAUUUGUGAAAUUUGCUAUUUAUGCCCUGUCCAACAAAUGAAAAAUGUACGAUUCCUCCGCAGCGUUUCUCAAACUGGGGGACCCGACCCAAAAAAAGAGUGUGACGUUACACUCCAUAUUCUUUAUGAAAAUAUGCUUAUGAUAUGGAUGUGACAUAACUGAGAUAUACUUCAUGCAAGAUGGCUCAUGUAAGAUAUCAUUGGAAAGGUUAUCAUUUACUGAAUGUGAUUAUCCAAUUUGUAUGCAUGUACCAUUUCUGUAUCUAAAGUUAGGAAUAUGGACUAUGUAACAAUUACAGCUGGAAGAUACCCACCAGACAACAGGCCAUCAAAUUUGAUGGGCCAUCAGGAAGAAACAAUGAGACUGUGAAGAUUCUAAUCUCUCUCCUUCCUGGGAGGCACCUGGACCUAGCUGUGACACUACUAGGUCAGGUGGUUCUGCCACCUGGUACUAAACACCACCUUGGACUUCUAGUAAUUUUCCACUCACAGGAAGAGACGGUCAAGUUUGGGAAACAAAAGGCUUCCCGCCUUAUGUAAACUGUAUUUAAGGCUGGGAGGGAAGGCAUUCCAGACUCUCCUCCAUGGCCUAACCAAGGAGGAGGACUGCUGAAAGAACCUGAACGGACAAAAGAGACUAACCUGAAGGGAAAGGCAGGGGUGAGUCCAGACUGAGACAGGGGUCCAGGCUGUAAGAAGAAAUAACUAGAACUCUGACCUACAGAAACUCUGCAUUCUGCCUAAUUCAACAUUUAGGGUGAGAAAUUAUUUUUUGUAACCUGUUUCUUUAGUGAAUCAAACUUAGUUUGCGUGUUUUGUUUUAUUUGCUCAGUAAUCUGCUUUGUUCUGUUUGCUAUCCCUUUAACCACUUAAAAUCUGCCUUCUAGAGUUAAUAAAUUUUGUUUUCUUUAUAUU